AGUUUUAAUAUAAUUUUUGAGUCGACAAAAAAGUUUUGUAUUAUUACUUGGUCAAAUUUGUGCAUUUAAUUGUUACGUUUAAAAAAAAAGUAAAAACUUUUUUUUAUUUGUUUAUCUUCUAAACAAUUAAAAUAAAUGUAUUUUUUUUUUUUUUAAACAAAAAGCAACUCUAUUUUUGUUAAUUUUUAAUUCAACCCUUGUAAACAUCAACAUUAUUACCCCUUUCAAAUAACAAGACAUAAAACACUAUGGAAGGCUCCUCUGAUUCAAAUACUGUUUAUAACGAAUUUUAUGAUGAAGAUUCCGCUUCAGGUGAAUCAAAUUAUAAUUUCCUUACUACAAACACCAAAAGAAGAGAAGCUAAUAAAAAGAAAUCAGGACAAUAUGAAACACCGCAAACUACCACCUCAGAUCAACUCCACAGCUUACUAGCACCUUUUCAGUCUUGCUGUACAAACUCAUACUUUGGCAAAGAAACCAAAGAAAACCAAGCAUCAGAAAACCCUAAUAAUGUUCUUAUGACAUCAAUACUUGAGCAUGAUGAUCUUUACGAGGAACCAUCAUCUGAAACCUCCACUAAUUCGGACGAUACAAAUAUCGGAAACAUUCCGGAAAUCGUUGAUACCACUCAGUUGAAACAACGCUAUCAACAGACAAAGCUAUCCAAAGAUUUAGAAGACACUGUGGCCGAAGAUAUUAUAAGCGAAUUAAAGUCCAAAGGAGUCACUUACAGCUAUCUUAUCAAUUCAAAAGCUUUGGAUUCUACCUCGCAGUGGAUGGUUUCCACAACACUUGACUUUACAUUGAAGACUUAUUGGUUAACGAUUGAUGACAAUAUAAAAGCGACCCUUGGACUUAUGUGGUGUUCGCAUAUGGAGCUUAAUCAACCCCUAACCUCUACAACACUUGAAAAUCUUAUGACUCUUUCUAAUAUUCCGAAAUCUAUUUCAAUUCCUGAAGCACUUAAAACAUAUGAUGAAUUCGCCAAUAUGGAACUUUUACAUGUGGUUGAAGCUCGUCUUGUUGAAGAAAUUUUGGGAGAGUUUCAAGCCGCCGUUACCUCGGCUGCAAAUACAUCUUCUACGUACUUUAUCAUUUCCAAUAUUAGAACUGUUAUUCUUCGAUGUACUCGAUAUGGAGAUGUUCUUUUAAUCAACGUCUUUGACACUGGAGUGGCAAAAAAUCGUGGGCCUGCUUUUUUGUCUUUCAAUAAUGAAGAUACUACAGAAAGAUUUCUAAUCAAUCUUUUCACAAUGGAUCAUGAUGUCAAAACGUCCAAGCGCAAAUUCAAAGCCUGGACUCUUUUUACAAGACCUAUUCAAUAUAUUAAUGAAGAUUCUGCCCCAGUAGAAGCUGCACAAGAUGAUCUUCCCAAUCAGAAUACAUCUCUAGUAAAUACCGUCAGCAAUGCAGUUUUAGAUGAUCCACAAUACAAUGCUAAACUCAUGUAUGAGAAAAUUUAUAAUGCCGCUGAUUCUGAGGCAACAGAUGAUGAGAAUAACGUAUUUACCCGUUCGCUUGCUGGUGGUGUCGAAAUUUUGAAGAAAAAACAAAAGUAGUAUUCGGAAUCCGUCCUUGCUCUGUUCGAAUAUAGUGCAGGAUAAUUUCUUAAUUCUCAUCAACUGACGGCGUGAAAUUAAAGAUUAAGCGCCUCUUAUCAUGUUUUAAAUUCGUUGUUAAUAUUAUUUUUCUAGAAUUCUUUGAUCAACGGUAGCUUCAACAGAAAAACAUCGAAGUAAUUUGGUUUAAGAACAAAAAUAAAAUAAAAUUCUUA